AAAUGCUCUGUACACAUAGUUCUCCGUCAAGCACGCAUCCUCUUCUGCAAGUCUCCUCGCAUCCUGUUGUUGCAUGUCCACUGGAUCGCAGUGGCUCCGGCUUCGCACCGUACACUCACGAUCGCUCGCACUUCCACACAAGACUCACCCACUGCGAACAGUCAUAUUCACAACAUGGGUCGGCUAGCAGAGAUGCAGAGGAAGCUCCUGGAGCAAAUGAUGGGCCCAGAGGCAAUGGGUGUCGCGAACGCGAACCUAACGUGGUCAGACGAGAAGGUCUGCAGGAACUUCCUCUGCGGGACGUGCCCUCAUACUCUCUUCACGAAUACAAAAAUGGAUUUGGGAGCAUGCCCUAAGUCACACACGGAGCGCUUGAAGACAGAGUUCCUCCAGGCAAAGGAAGCAAACCCGAACGACCCCGUCUUUUCGCGCUUCCAAAUGGAGUACGAGUCGAACAUCUUCGCCUUCGUCGACGAGUGUGACCGGAGAAUCCGUGCAGCGCACAGGAGGCUUGAGAAGACGCCUGAGGAGAACGCGAAGACAACAAACUUGAUGAGGGAAAUUGCUGAGAUUGAGUUGGCUAUCCAAGGUGGAACGGAGAAGAUUGAGACAUUGGGUGAACAGGGCAAGGUGGAUGAAUCAAUGAGGGAGAUGGCUGCCAUUGAGGCUUUGAAGAGUGAAAAGGCCGACAAGGAGCGGGAGCUUCAACAAUUGACAGACACUUCGGGUGCAUCUGGUCACCAGAAGCUACGUGUAUGCGAUGUCUGUGGUGCAUACCUGUCUGUCCUCGACUCCGAUCGUCGUCUCGCUGACCACUUCGGUGGCAAAAUGCACCUUGGCUAUCAUGAACUCAGGAACAUGUUGGUGAAGUUCAAGGAGGAGCGCGAGAAGCGCAAGAUGGCACCUCCUUCCUCCGUGCCCUCGGGUGCGCCAGCUGGGGCCGCCGGUGGCGGUAUCCCUCCGGCGCCCAGUGGUGUCCCUCCUCGGGGCGACUUCCGCGCGCGAGACGACUUCAGGGACCGGGACCGUGGAUUCGACAGGCACGGCCCUCGUUAUGAUCGAAGGGACAGGGAUCGUUCGCGCUCACCAGGGCGGCGCCGCUACUGAUUAUUUGGCUGCUACGAUUGUUAUUUGGUGUAUUGUAGUCACGUAUUCGAAUUUUAUUCAGUGUCAUGUAA